GCUGAUUUACGUCGUGACGUCCCCACCCGCCUGCGUAGCGACGAAACGGAGAAGCGUAGGAUGUAGCUCAGGACGUGGCUAGCAGGCUAGUUAUAACAGGACGUCUGCAAAUAGAAAAAAACGUGCCAAAGAGCAGUUUUGCUGCAUUCCCACGGAUUCGCAUCAUUUGCCUGACCAAGUCGAUUAUCUCUGCCACAUGUGACCUGCUAGCAGUAAGUCAAGAACUGAAUGGAAUUGAGGGCUUUUUGUGAGUGAGGAGGUUGUGGGGUUCCAGUAAUGUACCAUGGGGUACGACGUCGCCAGGUUCCAAGGGGAGGUGGAUGAAGACCUGCUGUGCCCCAUAUGUAGUGGGGUGCUAGAAGAACCCGUGCAGGCUCCACACUGUGAGCAUGCUUUCUGCAAUGCCUGCAUCACACAGUGGUUUGCCCAGCAACAGAUUUGUCCUGUUGACCGGACAGUAGUGACGCUAGCCCACCUCCGGCCUGUGCCCCGCAUCAUGCGCAACAUGCUGUCCAAGCUUCAGAUCAGCUGUGACAAUGCUGGUUUUGGCUGUACAGCCACACUGCGUCUGGAUCAGCUACAGUCACAUCUCAAGGACUGUGAGCACAACCCCAAAAGGCCUGUCAACUGUGAGGAGGGCUGUGGACUAGAGAUGCCUAAAGACGAGUUGCCCAACCAUAACUGCAUCAAGCACCUGAGGAGUGUGGUGCAGCAGCAGCAAACCAAGAUUUCAGAACUUGAGAAAACUGUGGCAGAGCAUAAGCACCAGCUGGGAGAACAAAAGCGGGACAUUCAGCUGCUAAAGGCCUACAUGAGAGCGAUCCGCAGUGCGAACCCUAACCUGCAGAACCUGGAGGAGAGCAUUGAGUACAACGAGAUCCUGGAGUGGGUGAACUCCAUGCAGCCUGCCAGAGUGACGCGCUGGGGCGGCAUGAUCUCAACUCCUGACGCUGUGCUCCAGGCAGUCAUCAAACGCUCCCUCAUCGACAGCGGCUGCCCUCUCUCCAUCGUCAACGACCUGAUCGAGAACGCCCACGAGCGCAACUGGCCGCAGGGCCUGGCCACGCUCGAGACGAGGCAGAUGAACAGGCGCUACUAUGAGAACUACGUUGCUAAGCGCAUCCCUGGCAAACAGGCGGUGGUGGUGAUGGCGUGUGAGAAUCAGCACAUGGGGGAGGAUAUGAUCCUGGAGCCGGGGUUGGUCAUGAUCUUCGCACACGGCGUGGAGGAGAUCUUAUAACCGUACGGCUUAGCUGAGCUGACCCAGAGACAAGUGGGGACGUUUUGCUUGGGGGUUUGUCGUUAUGAGUGUUUUCUUUCUUUAGAAUGAAACCUCUCAAAUCUGGCUCAAUUUAAAGAAAAAAAAAUGACCACAGUCUUAUAAGAGGCUCAUUCACAAACUUGAUACCUAUGCCUUAAAGUAAGGAGAAAUACUUCACAAACCUGACAAAUGGAAACUUAAUCUGACUGAUAUCUAAGAUAAAAGGUGAGAAGAAAUGUUUACAAGGUUUAUAAGUUGAUAUGUAGUGCAUUAUAUGAUCUGAUUGUUCUGCUUCUGCGUCCUAAUAUAGUGGUAAGCUUUGAACCCCCCACAUUUAAUGUCCUCAAUUGUGUAAAUCCUUGUAAAUAGAAAUAUUAUAUUGAAUUAUAAACAUUAUUCUCUUAUUACUCUUACUGUAAUUAGACUGUGAUUCUGUUUUCUUUUUUUUUUCUUUCUGGUCAGCUUGUGUUACCGUCUCCUGGGACUUUGAAUCAGAACCUUUUUUUUCUGCUUGCUCCCUUUAGUAUGUAGUAUCCUGUGAAUAUUUCAUGAGACAAGCUUCUCAGUUUAGAUUGUCCAAACUUGUGUGCCAUUUUGUUUUAUUUAUUGUGUUGCCUUUUACAUGCACAUGCUUGAAAAAUGUAUUCAUAUGUUGUAUGUAAAUUUGCCUUUUCAGUGCAUUUUGAACUCAUAGCAGGUAAAAAAAACAACUCGAUUUUGUGUUUUUGUUUUCUUUUGCCUCAGUUGUAUAUAGUCGGUAUGUUGGGUCCAUUUGAAGUGUUAAAGAAACUGAAGUUUAACAUUGGGGAUUCAGCAAUGUGUAAUGCAUUUUGUGUCACAAAACAUAAUGGUUCACUUCCACAUGUACUAUGAUCCCUAUGUUUUAUGGUUAUUGAAGUAUAGCCUAGACAUUUAUCAUCCAAUCAUCACAGCUGAUAAAUAUCUGCUGACUGGCCUUUCUUUAAAAGCCCACAGCUCUGAGCGUUUAAAGAUACUUGUAAAGUCACUCUAAUGGCUUUUUAAGGACAAAGAGCUUUCACCAUUACUCACACAUGUAACCGUAGUAAGACAAACAGGACUUGAGAAGUUCAGUGUAAAAGCCUCCAAGGGCAAUAAACUUAAGUUUGGAUCGUGUUCUUUUUUUUUUUAUUCUUAUUUUUUAAUUUUUAUUUCCGUUAAUGUUUUUGUUUUGUGUAUGUUCUGUACUGUGUUGCACAGACAAGAAAGUAAUAAAACCUCAAAACUGAU